AUGAGAGACGAUUGUCCUCCUCCGGUAGUCCCCGCGCGAGCGUCCACGUUCGCCCUCGCGCGAAUGACUGUUGCACUUUUGGGACGAGGGAGUUUAAGUCAAACGCAAAAUGAUCUUUUGGCCAUGGUUUUUGUGCACUCGUUCCUUUUAGCCAACGGAUGGGUUCUCGUUAGGGAAACGAAUCAGAUUGUGGACGACGACGUGGACGUUUUGUUGCCGCCGUGGGCGAGCAGCAAAAGCGGUGAUAUUAGCAGUGAGAGUAGCGCUACGUACCGAUUCGAUUUUUCCGAUGAUGGAGAAUUGAGCACUCUCGUCGACGUGCGCUCGACGAGAGUGGGUAAACACACUUUGAGUGUUACGUUUGCGUUUGAAACAGAAAGAGAUAUAGAAGAAGAAGAAGAAGACGAGAUAAAGACGCUGUUGGUGACCAUCAAAGAAGAAUCCGUUCGAAAGCUCGGGGAGGAUAUCGUGAAUCAAAUGGUAAAGGAGAAGAUAUUAAACCACCGCGGGAUGGUCGAGCCUGCGAAAGAGAAGGAGUGUUUGAAGUGCAAGGAGUGGGAACGCUUGGACCUCGAACGACGACGACUUCAAGAACAACAACGACAAAACGAAAUACUCGGAGGAGGGUAUCCGGACAGAAACGAUCCGUUUAGCAGCAGAGGGCCGCCGUCGUUUCCGAGGCAGCCGUUACAUCCGGGGAUGGGACCGAGGAUCGAUUACAUCGGGCCGCCAGAUAUUCCGGAUUUCGGAAGAAACUUUUGA